AUGCUGAGGCUGCACCUGCCCGACCCGCCGGUGGACAGCGAGGAGGACGAGGAGGACGAUGAGGCGGCGACAGGCGCCGCAGCUCAGAGCAGCCGCAGCUCCAUCCCCAUGGAUGCAGAGCAUGUGGAGCUGGUGAAGAGGACGAUGGCCAGCGUGAAGCUGCCCACACUGGGCAUCCCCGCCUGGGCUAGCCAGAUCUCGGAGGACCAGUGGAAGGACGUGGUGCAGCGUACGCUGCAGGCUCGUGAAGCAAGUCCUGCCUGGACCGAUACAAUCCGAGGUCAGGCAGACUUCCUUCACUGCAUGCACAGCCAAGGUGGAAAAGCAGGAGGAUGGAGGAAAAGCAGGAGGACAUGA